ACUCGAGGUGUAGUCUUGUGGCCCAGCCUCAGGAAGACCUCACCGCCAAUGCCUUCUGCCUUCUACAGGCGCCCAUCAUUUCGUCCCUGUUCUAACCCAGAGUAUGGCAACGAUAGGACGUUCGUUCCGAUCCUCCAUCACAAAAGCGCUUGUGUUGGUCUGCUGCCCGUGGAGAAUGAUGGAGCCUAUUAUACACUGCAGAAAAGUUUAUCCGCUUUCUUGGAGGGCUCAUCUCUCUACGCAUUUGGAAUCUUCUUCCCCCAGCACUAACCUAACCACGUUUCAUUGAUGAGUCGUGACCAUAAGUAAAGGCAGCUGUUCGAACUGCCCGCCCUUCUCUUUGGCCUUCGUUUGCACUCUCAAUCUCGAUGUCUUCAGAGUCCGACGUGUUUGCUGCCCUUCUCGACCGGCCGAGCUAUUGGUUGCUCCUUGCGCCAAUAUUAGUAUUGCUAACUGUCUUGUAUUCCACUGGUAGUGCGGGAUCAAGGCCUCUCCCACCCGGUCCUCCGACGAAGUUCUUCUCCGGGAACGUACACCAGAUUCCUAGGACUGAGCCUUGGAAGACCUACACCGAAUGGGCAAAGAUAUACGGCCCUGUCUUCACAUACCGCGCCAUCGGCCGCAGAAUGAUAAUGCUCAAUACUCACACCGCCGUCAACGACCUCCUGGAAGCUCGGUCUUCCAUAUACAGCGACAGACCCCGUACUCAAAUGUACGGUGAACUCAUUGGGCGCAAGUGGAAUGUGUUCAAUAUCAGCUUCGAUAAUCCCCGACAUAAGAUAUAUCGCAAGCUGCUACGGACUGGGCUCAAUCCACGGGCGAUUCAGGGGUAUAGGCCGUUGAUGGAGCGUGAGUCGAUGGUAUUCUUGAGGGGUCUAUUGGAGAAGCCUGAGGAAUUUGCGAGUCAUGCGAGGAGGAAUGCGGGCGCGGUGAUCCUACAGAUUGCUUAUGGAUGGACCGUGAACGCCAACGAUGACUAUUUCGUAUCCAUAAUGGAAGAAGUCUUCGCAUUGUCUGCCGAGAUUACCAGACCAGGCCGUUUUCUUGUCGAGAGCUUUCCUCUCCUGCGCUACGUUCCGUCGUGGUUUCCUGGGGCAAAUUUCAAGAGAUUUGCCGCAAAUUACAGAGAUAAGUUCAGUAAACUGGACGUCGUGCCACACGAAUGGGCCAAAGAGCAGAUAAUAUCAGGCAACUACAUCGAAUCGUUCACUUCCGAGCUGAUGCUACCCGACGGCGGAAAUGGGCCACCUCCAAAUGCAGAGCAAGAAGACAUCAUCAAGCUUUGCUCCGCUGCUCUGUACACUGGUGGGGCAGAUACGACGGUAUCAGCCAUGACCACUUUCUUCCUCUGUAUGGCCAUGAACCCAUCGACUCAAACACGCGCCCGAGUGGAAAUCUUGCAAGUCACAGGAAAUGAGAGGUUACCGGAUGCUGAUGAAUUUGAAAAAUUGCCGUACGUUCAUGCGGUUCUGCAGGAAACAUUGAGAUGGUCCCCAGUAGCUCCUCUCGGCGUAUCUCACCGCGUUAUGCAGGACGACAUUUAUAAAGAGAUGUAUAUAUCCAAAGGAUCGACCGUCUUCGCCAACAUCUGGGCACUCAUGCAUGAUCCAGACGUCUAUCCCGACCCUUUCGCCUUUAAUCCUGAUCGCUUCCUCGGGAAAGAUCCCCAAAUAGACCCUCGCAAAUACGUCUUCGGUUUUGGAGCACGAGUCUGUCCCGGCGCCCAAUUCGCAGAACAAGCCAUCCUUCACAACAUAUCCCGCAUCCUCGCCACAUUCGACAUUCGCAAAUGCGUGGAUGAGAACGGAAGAGUUAUCGAGCCGCGGGUGGAGUAUACGACCGGCGUGACCAGUCACCUCAAGCCUUUCGACAUUCGUAUCACACCGCGCGCUGGGUCCGCAGGAAUACGAGCCUUGGAGAGCGAGAGCAACGCCGUGUGAGAUGUCAGAGCUUCCUAGCCCAGUCGGACGGUAGAACCCAAGCUAUUUAAACGUACUUCCCCUGCAAAAGAG